AUGGCAAGUUUUAAGACGAAUUUACCCCAGGAGGGUACCACCAGCUCUGCUGGUGGAGAAUCCCUCCCCGAGGCCACUUUGGCCUCGGGCUGCCCCUCGUACUCUGGGGGGGGCAAAAACUGCUUUGACUGCACGACGACUUUGGCUUUGAAUACGGACACAGAUGCACGCGAUGUGGAAGUGACGGGGAGUGGAAUGGAAGAGGAAAUGGAGCUGGACACGGAGUUGAUGCUAAGCGAGGACUCAACAUCAGUGUCCGAGAGCAGUCGUAGAGCCAGCCCAUUGCCAAGGAAGAGGAGAGGACGACCGCCCACCACGGGCCACUAUGUCGGUCUGGCCAAGGCCAAACUGGCCCUCAUCGAGGCGGAACGAGAAGAGGAGCGGAGGAGAGCGGAGGCAGAGGUAGUAGCUGCCUCUCGCGUUGCCCGGAUUAGAGCACAAGCCCACAGGCUGUCGGAGUCUGUCUCUGAGGAUGAGGAGUUUCAGGCGGCCGGCUCCCUCAGCCAAAUGAUCGAGGAGAACGUGGAGGUGAUCAGGAAAGUGGCCACCACCUCCAAAAACCUGAAAGGGGGAUACGUUCGAGCACUGAAGGACGCAGCGGAGGAGAUCACUAAAAUGACCAAAGCUCUGCAAAGCAGAUGCAUAUCGGAUGAGACCAAAGGCCUGCAGGCAGAUAACGCUCGCCUGCGAGCGGAAGUAGCGCAGCUACGAAAGGAGGUGGCGGAAAUGAGGGAGCACCUCAACACACCGAACCGGAGGACAGAGGCUGACGUUGCGGUUAAGCAGCCAGAACCACAGCGACAGAAACAGCAGGACAGCGAGGAUCUGGUGCGCACUAUAUUGUGUCAGGUGGGCACAAUGAUCAACGCAAGAUUUGAGGCGCUACAAGAUCGCCUCCUCCCGGAAAAGCGUCUCCGUCCCCCGCUGGCGGCGGACAUUAGAUCUGAGACCGCGAGCCGUGGAGAACAGGAGGUCUCGAAAGCGCCGAGAAAGACGCCGGGCAAAACUUCGGGCAAAGCCCUGAGCAAAGCGGCGGGUAAGCCCGCUAAGGAGAAGACACCGACGGAGCCCCAGGCCCAACCCCAGCCAAUGGCGGUGGCAGAGUCUGCGGACCAUCAGCCCAAAGAGUUGCCAUGGAGUACGGUGGUAAAGAAAGGGCAAAAACAAAAGAAGAGGAAGGAUCGUCCACUGGUGAUUACAAACAGCGAGCGAGGAAAAGCGCCAAGAGCCCCAUCCGAUGGUCCACCAAAGACGGCUGCAGUGGUGGUUACUAUCACGCCGGAGGCCAUUGCUAACGGCCUCACAUAUGACGCAGUCAUAGCGGAGGCCAAAGCAAAAAUAAAACUGCAAGAGGUGGGGAUAACAACCGGGGUGCGCUUCCGGGUGUGUGCCACAGGAGCACGACGAUUCGAGGUCCUGGGCACGGACAACGGUACACAAGCCGACGCCUUAGCAGAAAGGCUGAUGCAAGUUUUCGACGGAAACCUGGUCCGCAUCUCCAGGCCGACGAAAACGACGGAGAUUAAAAUCUCUGGAUUGGACGACUCAUCGACCAUCGAUGAAGUAUUGGCUGCGGUCGCCGAAGCAGGAGGCUGCUCAAAAGACAGCCUCAAGAGCAGUGGUGUUGUUAGGGACAGAUUUGGUAUUGGACAUGCAUGGGUAGAAUGCACAGUACCAGUUGCUAGACGAGUGGCUGCAGCGCAAAGGCUGACAAUAUCAUGGGUGUCGACCAGCGUCAUGCUGAUGGAGCCCCGGCCAUUGCGCUGCUAUCGAUGCCUCCAAAAGGGGCACGUUAGGGCGCAAUGCAACGCCGAGGCGGACAGGAGCAAAUUGUGCUUCCGCUGUGGGGUAGAGGGCCACAAGUUCAAGGGUUGCUCGGCCAAACCGCACUGCUCCAUCUGUGCGGCGGCCCAAAAACCGGCGGAUCACAAACUGGGUGGAAGAGGAUGUUCUGCGCCAGCCCCCAAAAUCACCAGAGGGAAGAGAACAGCUGCGCCACAACCAGCACAACAGGCGCCAGCAGAAGUUUCAAUGGAGACGGACGAGGUUAACAUCAGUAACAUCAGAAAUGGCUCUACGUCUACUUCAAGCCAAUGUUAA